AUGGCUGUGCAAGCGAUGACGAAGCGGUUUUUUUUUCUUCGGGACCCAGAUGGCCAGAUGCCCAUAAGGCCAGAUGCCAAUUAUUGCCAAUUGCCAGACGAUGAUGAUGAUGCCACCAGAUCGUGGAAGAGCGUAGCUGCCACGGCGGGAGGUGCCGUCGUGUCAAGACGUCAACAAGGUAAAGAAUGCAACAAUACUGCGGGUGGUCCUGUCAAUUCUGACACUUGUGUCCCUCGUGUCAACUCGUGUCAACUCGUGUCACCUCGCCCUGCGGCGGUGACAGGACCCGCACGUGGCCUCUACAUCGGCCAUUGCACAUCGCAAAUGCCACAGGGACUUCACGAGUUGACGUCCAUUCCAGACAACCGACACCAAUGCUUCACCCCUAGAUGGCCUAGGCCGACACUUCGCAGCGCAACCACGCGGGGUACGAUUUAG